UUUCAUUAAAAAAAAUAAGUCUCUCUCUCUCUCUCUUUCUCACUGCUGCAGUUGAGUAGAACUUGUCCGAAUCUUGAAACAUGCUACAGCAUUUUGCAGCACAGGAAAUGCUCUGCGCCAAACACCGUGACGUGCCCGGCGACAACGGGUCACGUGUCGUGCUGCAAUGUACAAGGGAGGGGUGGAGUUUUGUAGCAAUAUGGGGAUGCAAGAAUGCAAGAAUCUCACACAUCUCUUACCCCUAAUGCAAAUACUGAUAUGCGUUGCUGAAUUUAGAGCCCAUCACCUGUCCUUUUCCUUGCAAUUUUGUCCAAACACAAUACAUGUUGAGAAUGUCAGAAUUUCACAACUGCUACCUAUAUCAUUGGUCAUGGGAUAAAGCCUCCCUUGUCUUCCUUUUGUCCCCUCCACUCUUUUUCUCAUAUAUACCUCCUUCCAUUUUUUACUUUUCAUUUACUAAAUCCUUUCAUUUUUUAUUUUAAUUAUAGUUUUCAAUAUGGAUUCAAGCUACCUUCUAAAUCAUGCAGCUCUUUCCUCCUAUCUUGGAAAAGAAGAUUCUAGCAUCAUCGAUUUGGGGCUGAGCUUGCGCAUUGUGCAGCCCCAUCCUGCUUGCUACUCUCAUCAUGCCCAUGAGAAUUACGAGAUGUUGAUGGAGUGGCCGAAAAAGAGUGAGGAUUUGCAGUCAAAGGAAAAUUGUGAGGAGGAAUGUGAAGGGAUUGAAAGCAAACAAAGAUGGAGUUAUGUGAAGGUUAACAUGGAUGGAGUGGUGGUUGGGAGGAAAGUUUGCCUUCUCCACAACAUGGACUAUUUAUCCCUCGCCCUUCAACUCGAAGACAUGUUUGGGAAACAAUCCAUGUCUGGAUUGAGGCUGUUCCAAUCAGACUCGCCGUUUUCGUUGUUUUAUAAGGAUGAAAAUGAGCAGUGGAGGAAGGUUGGAGAUGUUCCAUGGAAGGAGUUUGUUGAGGGGGUGAAGAGGCUGAGAAUUGCAUGCGAGGAUGAAACCGCUCGGAUUUCUUCUUCUUCGUCGUCAUCUCCAUUCUUCAACACUCUCUGACUUGAUUAAACUAUGCUGUAAUUUUCACUAAAGUGUUGUACUCUACUAAUUAUCUAAUGCCAACUCUUGCCAUUCAUGAUCA